UUGGCACCCACCUAAGCCUGGAUUGAAGCGUAUUUCUCAGGUUUUUAAGGAAAACUACAACAAGUCUUGGCUGAGUUUUGAUGAGGCAGAUGAUGAUAUUCGAAAAAUAUGGUGGACUGAGUGGAGGAAAUGAUUUGACAUUAUCGAUACGGAAGAGGAUGAUAUCUAUCAAGUUUGGAGGUUUAGGGCUGUCAAGCGCUUGCGAGGUAUGCUCCAUGCCAUUCGCAAAAAAGGUGCCUGAUGCCUAUAGACAAUUACAGUUACAGGCGAGAAAUACGACUGCCAGGAAAUCGACUCGAGGUACUUCCCUUCACACUGCAGGAGGCACCACCUUUCCAGAAGCGAGAUUACGCUUGAAUCAUUCGCUUGGAAGACAAUCACGUAUGGAUGAGUUUUUUGAGCACACUCAUACUCGCAAAGAGGAUAGGACUCAAUGGGUUGAUGAACACUCCCGAAAGACAAAGGAUAUAUUUCAAGAGCGUAUGUUUCAAGCUGAGCAAGAGCGGCAGGCUGCUAUAGAGGCUGGUGUAAUUGAUCCACCGCCUGUCUUUGAGAAAAGCAUAUGGAUUGACACAGUGUGUGGAAAACGAAGAGGUAGGGUAUAUGGCAUGGGUGAGGUAAAGGACUCUUCCAUGGUGCGGCCUCGAGUUGAUGGGCCAACCACGACCACCAGCGCUGAUGUUUUGGAUCUUAGAGAACGAAUCAUAAUACUCAAUAGGAAAGUUGAACAACAUGCCGCUAAAUAUAGAGAGCUUGAAGACCGCUACCAAAGGGAGAAAAGAGAGUGGCAACAGACUGUUGAAUCCUUGCGUGAGGAUCUCAACACCAGUAACUCACAGAUGGAUCAAUUUAGUCAUCAGUUGAGCAGUUUGACUGAGUAUGUGAGAGCCAUGGGUCCUAGUAGUUCUGGAUCACGUGUUCCCCCACCUCCUUCUUUUACUUUCCCAAGCUCUCAGAAAAGCACAGCCCCAGCCCCAGUCCCAACCCUAGCCCCAGGUAGAAAACUCCCACCUAUUCUGCAGCGACCAAGACAACCACAAAGUUCUCAAAGGGAGGAUGAUUCUGAUGAUUUUGAUGACUCAGAUGAUUAUUUAGACGAGUAUGAGUAGGUUAUUUAAUUACUUUACUUGGAAUAUUUUGUAUUAUUAGUAGAUUGCAAUUUAAACGAAUAUAAGUCUAAGUUUAGUUAUUUA